AUGGGAUGGGCAUGUGGAGAUACUGUGGAGGCGAGUGAAGAGAUGGCAUGUGAAGAGAUGGCAUGUGAAGAGAUGGCAUGUGAAGAGAUGGCACGCGAAGAGAUGGCAUGUGAAGAGAUGGCAUGUGAAGAGAUGGCAUGUGAAGAGAUGGCACGCGAAGAGAUGGCAUGUGAAGAGAUGGCAUGUGAAGAGAUGGCAUGUGAAGAGAUGGCAUGUGAAGAGAUGGCAUGCGAAGAGAUGGCAUGCGAAGAGAUGGCAUGCGAAGAGAUGGCAUGCGAAGAGAUGGCAUGCGAAGAGAUGGCAUGCGAAGAGAUGGCAUGCGAAGAGAUGGCAUGUGAAGAGAUGGCAUGCGAAGAGAUGGCAUGCGAAGAGAUGGCAUGUGAAGAGAUGGCAUGUGAAGAGAUGGCAUGUGAAGAGAUGGCAUGUGAAGAGAUGGCAUGUGAAGAGAUGGCAUGCGAAGAGAUGGCAUGCGAAGAGAUGGCAUGCGAAGAGAUGGCAUGCGAAGAGAUGGCAUGCGAAGAGAUGGCAUGUGAAGAGAUGGCAUGCGAAGAGAUGGCAUGCGAAGAGAUGGCAUGCGAAGAGAUGGCAUGUGAAGAGAUGGCAUGUGAAGAGAUGGCAUGUGAAGAGAUGGCAUGUGAAGAGAUGGCAUGUGAAGAGAUGGCAUGCGAAGAGAUGGCAUGCGAAGAGAUGGCAUGUGAAGAGAUGGCAUGUGAAGAGAUGGCAUGUGAAGAGAUGGCAUGUGAAGAGAUGGCAUGUGAAGAGAUGGCAUGUGAAGAGAUGGCAUGCGAAGAGAUGGCAUGCGAAGAGAUGGCAUGCGAAGAGAUGGCAUGCGAAGAGAUGGCAUGCGAAGAGAUGGCAUGCGAAGAGAUGGCAUGCGAAGAGAUGGCAUGCGAAGAGAUGGCAUGUGAAGAGAUGGCAUGCGAAGAGAUGGCAUGCGAAGAGAUGGCAUGUGAAGAGAUGGCAUGUGAAGAGAUGGCAUGUGAAGAGAUGGCAUGUGAAGAGAUGGCAUGUGAAGAGAUGGCAUGCGAAGAGAUGGCAUGCGAAGAGAUGGCAUGCGAAGAGAUGGCAUGCGAAGAGAUGGCAUGCGAAGAGAUGGCAUGUGAAGAGAUGGCAUGUGAAGAGAUGGCAUGCGAAGAGAUGGCAUGCGAAGAGAUGGCAUGCGAAGAGAUGGCAUGUGAAGAGAUGGCAUGUGAAGAGAUGGCAUGUGAAGAGAUGGCAUGUGAAGAGAUGGCAUGCGAAGAGAUGGCAUGCGAAGAGAUGGCAUGUGAAGAGAUGGCAUGUGAAGAGAUGGCAUGUGAAGAGAUGGCAUGUGAAGAGAUGGCAUGCGAAGAGAUGGCAUGCGAAGAGAUGGCAUGCGAAGAGAUGGCAUGCGAAGAGAUGGCAUGCGAAGAGAUGGCAUGCGAAGAGAUGGCAUGUGAAGAGAUGGCACGUGAAGAGAUGGCAUGCGAAGAGAUGGCAUGCGAAGAGAUGGCAUGCGAAGAGAUGGCAUGCGAAGAGAUGGCAUGUGAAGAGAUGGCAUGUGAAGAGAUGGCAUGUGAAGAGAUGGCAUGUGAAGAGAUGGCAUGUGAAGAGAUGGCAUGCGAAGAGAUGGCAUGCGAAGAGAUGGCAUGCGAAGAGAUGGCAUGCGAAGAGAUGGCAUGCGAAGAGAUGGCAUGUGAAGAGAUGGCAUGUGAAGAGAUGGCAUGUGAAGAGAUGGCAUGCGAAGAGAUGGCAUGCGAAGAGAUGGCAUGUGAAGAGAUGGCAUGUGAAGAGAUGGCAUGUGAAGAGAUGGCAUGUGAAGAGAUGGCAUGUGAAGAGAUGGCAUGCGAAGAGAUGGCAUGCGAAGAGAUGGCAUGCGAAGAGAUGGCAUGUGAAGAGAUGGCAUGUGAAGAGAUGGCAUGUGAAGAGAUGGCAUGUGAAGCCCAGCCUACCAUGAGUGCCGCCCAGCCUACCAUGAGUGCCGCCCAGCCUACCAUGAGUGCCGCCCGGGACUUCCUCUCCCUCCACUGA